GCGGCCGGAACUCCGCGGGAAGCGCCGCCCUCGGCAUGGCGGCGCCCGGCUGUCCCUGAGCGCAGGGCGGGCUCGGCGGGCCCGGCUCCCCAUGGCGCUGAGCGGCCGCCUGCGGCUGGCGGCCGGCGGGCUCCGUGCGGCGGGUCUUCGUUUUGCAUCAACUACAGCCAAUCUCAAAACUGAGACUGAAGUGGACACAAGUGAAAAUGAGGUUGUUGCCCCAAACUUCACUAACAGAAACCCUCGGAACUUGGAGCAGAUGGCCCUGGCUAGGAAGGAGCGUGGCUGGAAGACAACAUGGCCAAAGCGUGAGUUCUGGCACAGAUUGCGGCUUGAGCGGACACAGCAUUACGUAGAAGCCUUUGUCGAGCGCUCCAACGGGGAUGUUGUGGUAUCUGCCUCUACCCGAGAGUGGGCCAUAAAGAGACACUUGUACAGUCCCAAGGGAGUAGCUGCAUGCAAAAACCUUGGCCGUGUGAUGGCACAGCGCUGUUUGGAAGCAGGAAUCAACUUUGUGAAUUUUAAAGCCAUUAUCCCCUGGGAACACCGUUGUGACUCGAUUCAGGAAUUUGAGAAAGCUAUGGAGGAGGGUGGUGUCGUUCUGCGUGAGCCACAAAGAAUCUACCGGUAAAAUGGAGACCUUUGGGAAGACUUUCCAAGGAACAAAGAUCACUUCUUUAGCUCUUUGAGGGAAGGUCCAGAGCUGGAAAAAGUCUGAAUGUGUCAUCUUAUAAUAAAAUAUUUUCAAAUUGAUAGAA